AUGAGAAGGCGUGUGAUAGGGCAUUGCCUUCUGGAUGUGACAUGGCAGUUACACUUGAGAACACAGAGCAUCUGUGUCAUCUCACGUGCUGCUUGGGAAAAAAAAGACAAAAAGGAAAGAGGAACUAAAGGAAAGAAUAAUCCAGAUGACCAAGACAUUGCUGAAGUCUUCAUGCAAAUGCUAGAUGUNGACCACGAUGACAAACUAGAUUUCGCUGAGUAUUUACUACUGGUGCUAAAGUUGGCAAAAGCAUAUUAUGAGGCAUCCAAGGAUGAAAGAUUCCAAACACAUGGAUCAAAAAGGAGAAGUAAACAUGACUAUAAAGGACUAGAAGAGGAGGGAGAAGAAGAAGAAGAAAGUCUUAGACAGAAGCAUGGUGGAACUGACAGGAAGAGAAAAGGUGACAGAACGAGAAGCCCAAAUGGAAGAAGAGGGAAAAGGCAUGGAUCAAACAGUAGAAAUGAGGGCAGAGAUACACACAGGAGAGAAACAGAAAAACAUAAGCACCAACAUGAUUCAAAUAGAAAGCAGAGGGCUGGUUCUGAUUCCACAGAAAGAAAAGACAACAGAAGUAAGAAACACAGACAGCCAAAAGAAAAAAAUUGUGAUGAAAUCUAUGACAAGAAAAUGAAUGAAGACUGGGAGGCAAGCUACAUUCACUGUUACUAUAUAUCAGAGAAUGUUACAUUAGAGCACAGAGAGGAAAACAGAAGAAACAAAACAGGCGCCCAGAGCGAGCCUGAGUCCUCCCAUCAUCAGGGAGGCCGCAGAGGCUCUGAAGGAGGCAGGCAACUGUCCUGCCCCGAACCAUCUCCGGAGAGUGUUGGCCAUUACAGAUCUAGUGCACACCAGGCCGACUCACCCNGGGUCAGCGCAAGAACAGGCUCAGAAGGAAGAGGACAGUCCACCGAUGCCUCUGGGCACAACUCAUCCAGGAGGGACAGACCCCGGGAGCCCAGCUCCAGCCAGUCCAGUGACAGCGAAGACCAGCCUGGAGUCCAGGUCGAAGCCCGGCACGGGCAAUCCUCAUCUGCCCACAGGAGGGCCGGAUCCAGCUCCGACUCAGGGGUCCAGGGCGCCUCGUCAGGUGGACAGGCAGCUGACGCCUCCUGGCGCUCUGGGACCCUACAAGGCCAGGCAUCUGUCCAGGGUCGCGUAGGGUCUCAAGGCCACGCACAGGGCAGCGCAGUCCCAUCCGCUGACUGGAGCACACGUCGGGGCUUCAGCGAGAGUCAGGCCAGUGACAGUCCCUGGACCUGGCGCUGUCCCUUUCCUGUUCCUGGCGGGCUCCCUGCUGCCCUCUCCCACUGGACCGCUACUGCCUAUGGCUGGACUUGGGCUGUUGGUGUUCUUGCUGGUGCUGGUGCUGGUGCUGGAUCCGGAGCCUUGCUGGCCUCGGGAGGGCCGCUGCUGGUGCCUCUGGCCAGCUACCGACCCACUGUGGGCUCCCACUCCCUGGCCUUCUGA